GCUACCCGUGGGCUUUCUCCAUUGAUCUUCUACGCCGCCAAGCGGACAACAAUACUGUUCACGCUCCAUUUGGUUUAAUAUACAGACAUAAGGGAAGUCGCGGGAUUCCGCCACUGUGUGUGCUCCAACUGGCAUCUGCAUGGGAUGGCCACCGGAUGAUGAAGUGGGCUAACAUGAAUCCCCGGUUUGUCGCCGCUGUCUAUUCGCUGUUUACUUUCUCCAUAAUGGGAUCUCUGUGCAGCGACGCUUCCUCGUUUAUCCAGCCGUUCAAUGACUGCAUUCACAGCAGAGGGAAGACCGGAUUCUACCAGGGCUCCGUGGAUGUUACCGAGUCUGGAGGAAAAUGCAUGAACUGGAGCGAGGUACCCGGAGUUAUCAGUCGGUAUCCGGGCAAAGGUCUUGGGGACCACACUUUCUGCCGGAACCCAGACGGCAGAAUCCGACCAUGGUGCUUCUUCAGAAACGACAGAGGAAGAAUAGACUGGGGCUACUGCGAUUGUAAACAAGGCUCAGUGCGUCUGCAGGGAGGCAGGUCUCGUCUGGAGGGUGCAGUGGAGGUGUAUCUGAAUGGAGUGUGGGGUUCCAUCUGCAGCAACAGCUGGGAUGACCGGGAUGCAUCCGUGGUCUGCAAACAGCUGGGCCAGGGCUUGAAGGGGAUGGCUCGAGCGAGUGCUCUCUCACGGCUGGGCUUCUCCGCGGUGCACUGGCAGGUGGUGGAAUGUUCCGGAGAGGAAGGGGAUCUUCUGGAGUGCCCAAAGACCGCGUGGAACGGCGGCCAGUGCGGUCAGAAACAGGCUGCAGCGGUCACCUGCAGACCACAGGAGGAGGAUUCCGGGUUUGUGCCCGUGCGUUUGUCUGGCGACAGCUCCCCGUAUGAGGGUCGAGUGGAAGUGUACCACGCCGGGCAGUGGGGGACAGUAUGUGAUGACCAGUGGGACGAUAGCGAUGCAGAAGUGGUGUGCAGACAACUGGGCCUUGGAGGUAUGGCUCGGGCGUGGGUGGGGGCGCACUUUGGGCCAGGCUCUGGGUCCGUGGUGCUGGAUGAGGUGCGCUGUACGGGGAACGAGCUCUCCAUCGAGCAGUGUCCCAAAAACGCCUGGGGGGAGCACAACUGCGCCCACAGUGAAGACGCCGGGGUGUCCUGCACCCCACCCACAGAUGGCUCAGUGCGUCUGGUGGGAGGUGUGGGAGGCUUCGAGGGCCGGCUGGAGGUGCAUUAUGGGGGCAAGUGGGGCACGGUUUGUGACGACGGCUGGACUGACACAAACUCACAGGUGGUCUGCAGGCAACUAGGCUACAGGUCUGGAGAGAGCGUGUCGUCGGCGAGGUUCGGUGCGUCUGCAGGAGUGAUUCUGCUGGACGACGUGAGCUGCUCAGGGAAGGAGUCGGCCCUGGGUCACUGCACCAAGAGGGAGUGGCUCAGACACGACUGCACGUACACAGAGGACGUGGCCAUCAGCUGUAACCCAGAGCGCACGGGACCUGGGGUGCCCACCAGUUUGCCAAUUCGUCUGGUCGGUGGUGAGAAUGUGUAUGAGGGGCGGGUGGAGAUCUUGGUGGGCAGCCAGUGGGGAACCAUCUGUGAUGACGGCUGGACAGACAGAGACGCUGAGGUGGUGUGCAGGCAACUUGGGCACAGUGGUCUGGCUAAGGCUCGCACCAUGGCAUACUUUGGUGAAGGCGAAGGCCCCAUCCAUGUGGACAACAUCAAAUGUACGGGGGUGGAGAGAUCUCUGGCUGACUGCAUCAAGCAGCCCUUUGGCAUGCACAACUGUCGCCACAGCGAAGAUGCUGGAGUUAUCUGUAACUAUGGGCAACCGCAUGAGGGAGUCCUGUCGGAGGUGAAGGAGUCUGCGGCUGCAGUGUGUGGCCUCCGGCCAGCCCAUACACGCCAGAAGAGGAUCAUUGGAGGCCAGAACUCCUUAAGGGGGGGCUGGCCGUGGCAGGCUGCUAUCCGUUUGCGUGGCUCUCAGUCAGAUGGACGCCUCGUCUGUGGAGCUACUCUCAUCAACAGCUGCUGGGCGCUGACCGCUGCACACUGUUUUAAGAGGUAUGGAAACAGCAGCAGGCUGUAUAAGGUGCGUGUUGGGGACUAUCACACGCUGGUGCCUGAAGAGUUUGAAGAAGAGUACGCCGUGGACAAGAUCGUCCUGCAUGGCCGCUACCGCUCCCACGGCAACGACUAUGACCUGGCGCUGGUGCGGAUGUCUGGCCGGGGGGGCGGAGCCUGCGUGUCACUCAGCCACCGUGUGCUGCCCGUGUGCCUGCCCGCGCGGAGAGAGAAGGCGCCCAGGGGGUCCAGCACGUGUUACAUCACCGGCUGGGGAGACACAGGUCGGGCGUACUCCAAGACCCUGCAGCAGGCAGCCAUCUCGGUGCUCGGUAAGCAUGAGUGUGAGCUCCACUUCGCUGGAACCUUCAACAAACGAAUGCUGUGUGCCGGGGCCUCGCCCGAUGAACAUCGCCGCGUGGACAGUUGCCGUGGAGAUAGCGGAGGGCCACUGGUGUGCGAGCGGCCAGCAGGGGGAGGAUGGGUCAUCUACGGCGUGACAUCGUGGGGUCACGCAUGCCGUCUCCACGACUCGCCCGGUGUCUACACCAAAGUCUCCGCCUUCCUGCCCUGGAUCAAGAAGGUCACUGGCCAGUAGGACGGUCCGGAGACCACAGGCCACACCAGGCCAAUGAGACACUUUUCUGUCCAUCGUUCAGAUGCCCUGAUGUCUCAGUGAUAUGUUUGUCUGAUACAGUGACCUAUUUGAGUAGAAAUGUGUGUAUGUGUAUGGUGUGUGUGUGUGUGUGUGUGUGUGUGUGUGUGUGUGUGUGUGUGUGUAUUGCAGUGAUGCCCGUCACUGAUAUGUGUCUUUUAGCACUUCCUGGUUGUAAGGGACCACAAGGGCUUCAUGGCAGAUGACCCACUCCCUCCCUUAUUGUACCUCGGCCAGCACGCCUGACCUCUUGAAUUUCCCCUGGGGAUCAAUAAAGUAUCUAUCUAUCUAUCUAUCUAUCUCUCGGACGAGGACGAGGUCUCAGAGGUGCAGCACACACUUGACAGGGUAGCGGCGGUCCUGAAGCUUAGCCUUAUGUACAUGUUCUAGAUGUCUUCAGUCAGACUAAACUGGAGAGUUCUCUCCACAGCACUAAAAGCCACUAAGUACACAAACAAAGACAGUCUUAAUGCUUACAAAGUCAAACAAUUGCACUAAAAGCCUCAGUGUCUGACCAGUAACGUCUCCAGCUAGUGGGACAUUGACCUUAGAACAUUGUAAUAACUGGAUACCUCUCUUAUGAAGCUUCAUUAACCCGGAAUUAAAAUGUGUUUGUUAUCAUGUGUAAUGUGUAGAACUACCUGUAUUAUUUUGUAAUGAAUUGAGUUUUUCCAUCUAGCCUGUCCUAGACAUACAGUAGGAUGUUUAUUCUUAGACAUGUCAAAUAUGUUCACCUCCUGCGUUUCCAUAAACUGUCGCCAAACCAGUGGCUUUUUCAUUUACAAGUGGAGCAGUGCGUCCCACUGAGCUUCACCUCCCCCUGUCUAAGUAAUAAAGGUAAUUUCCUUUAUAAAUCUA